CACUCACGUGGGAAGCCGGAGUUUUGCGACGGUGAGCGGUGCAUCUUGUAAAGGCUAAAGGGGCAGUAAGCUGAGCUAGGGCAGGGGAUAGUAAGAUGGGUGACCCAGAGAGGAUGCUGAGUGCCUCUCCAAAUUGGUAUUGCAGCCGUUCCAGUGAUGCUGCUGGAGGUCUUUUUGGAUUUGCUGCUCGCAAUUCUGUUUAUUUGAUGCGCGUCAGCCCACAAGAACCUGGAUUGUAUGGGGAGCUGGUAGGACAUACAGAAAGGGUGUCUGGAUUUGCAUUUUCCCACUUCUCUGGUCAGUCUCACCUCUGUGCCAGUAGCUCUGAUGAUGGUUCUAUAAAGAUCUGGGACACUCAGACUAAAACGUUACUGACGGAGCACAAGCAUCACCGGAACACAAUCUCAGCCUUGCACUGGUCUCCUCUGGUGAAAGAUUUGCUUGUAUCGGGGGAUGAGAAGGGGAUAAUAGUUUGCUUUUGGAGUAACCGUAAUGACAGCCAGCAAUUCUUCCCAGAACCAAGAACAAUCUUCUGCCUUUCUUGCUCGCCUCACCAGGAGGAUUUAGUGGCUGUAGGUUAUAAGGAUGGAAUGAUUGUGUUGAUAGAUCUCAGUCGCAGAGGGGAUGUAGUACACCGCCUUCGAGGGCAUGAUGAUGAGAUACAUUGCCUGUCAUGGUGCCCAUAUCCCAAAGAGGAGGAGUUGGGUCAGAAGCAGGAAGAAGUACCAGGAGAUUUAAAUACAACUAACGGUGAUCUUCUUCCUGAAACUGAGAACAAGGGAUGCUACUUGGCGUCGGGUAGCAAAGAUCAAACUAUCCGCAUCUGGAGCUCUGCCACAGGCAAAGGAGUUAUGACCCUAAGAUUACCUUUCUUAAAGCGUCGUGGAGGUGGGGUUGAUCCAUCCGUCAAGGAACGUCUUUGGUUGACUUUACAUUGGCCACUUGGACAUCCCACUCAAAUUUUAUCCAGCUGUUUUGGGGGUGAGCUUUUGCUAUGGGAUCUGGCCAGAUCUGGGAAACAGAAGUGGACUAUUUUAGGGUCUGGAGGAUCAGAGGGACAGAACCACACUCGAAUUGUGUUUAAUCUUUGCUCUCUUGUAACAGAGGAGGGGAGGGAGCUUCUACUGUCUACAUCCAUGGACAGAGAUGUGAAGUGUUGGGAUUUGGGAUCUUUGUCUUGCUGCUGGUCUCUCACAUCACUAGGGGGUUUUGUGUACAGUUUGGCUUUCUCUCCUGUGGCAGCUGGAUGUCUGGCUGUUGGAGUAGGGGACAGCAUGAUCCGGAUCUGGAAUACACUCUCCAUCACCAAUGCGUAUGAUGUCAGGACAUUGUGGCAGGGUAUCCGAUGUAAGGUCACCGCGUUAGCCUGGCAUCCCAUCAAAGAGGGCAGCCUUGCGUUUGGUACAGAUGAUGGGAAGGUCGGGAUUUAUGACAUUUACUCUAACAAACCCCCUCAGAUCUCCAGCACAUAUCAUAAAAAGACUGUUUAUUCACUGUCUUGGGGUCCUCCAUUACCUCCAUUUUCAUUUGGCGCCGAAGGGGACAAACCUCAAGUGACACUGUACAGCUGUGGAGGGGAAGGAAUUGUUUACCAACACAACCCUUGGAAACUGAACGCUGAAGCUCAGGAUCUCAACAAAAUUAUCCGUGACACCAAUGGUAUCAAACACAAGUUACCUUUGCACACAGAGCUAAGUUGGAAACCUGAUGGGCAACAUUUAGCUAUUGGAAAUGAAGAUGGGACCAUUGAGGUUUUCCGUGCUCCAAAUCUCGAGCUGAUCUGUACAAUUCACCAGCAUCACAAAAUAAUAAACGUCCUGCGCUGGCAUCAUGAUCACAGUGCCAACUCUGCUCUAAGUUUUCUUCUAGCCUCAGGGUCUAACAAUGCCACCAUCUAUGUGCACAACUUAAAGGGGGCCUUAGAAAUGACUGCUGAAACCCCUACCACCAUCAUAGAGCCUUUCCGCAGCCUUUCAGGUCAUACUGCAAAGAUUACCAGUCUUUCAUGGAGCCCACACCAUGAUGCAAGACUGGUGUCUGCCAGUUAUGAUGGCACCGCUCAGGUAUGGGAUGUGCUACAAGAGGAGCCGCUUAGUAACUAUCGCAGACAUAAGGGAAGACUGCUGUGUGUUCACUGGUCUCCUGUAGAGGCAGACAAGGUGUGGACAGGAGCAGAUGACUUCUGCCUUCAUUCUUGGUCCAUAUCAAAACAGGAGCAUAGCCGGCCUCCUAAAGGAAAGAAAUCUGUAGAUCUGGAGAAGAAGCGCAGUGUACAACCUAAACCAAAAGCCAAAAAGAAGAAGAAGCUGGAUAGUAUUAAACAGGAAGGAGGUGAUACAGUGGGUGGAGAGAGAGAGAGCACACUGUCAGCGCAGAAUGGCAUGUCGGACCAAGAAGAGGAAAUGAUGACUGCUGAACAUACUAAAGUGGACCAGCUACCUAAUGAAGCUGCUGCCACAGAUGUUCCGAUUCAACCUGUUUUGCCUGUGCAUCUUGUCCUGGAGAAAACCAGUCCUGGCCCGAUCCAUAGGAUUAUUCCUAUAAGGAAGGAGUUCUCCAAAGACAAAGCAGAUUUCCAUGUAAGAAAGAAGAAAAGCCGUUCACUGCUUCCUGUCAGUACCAGCAAAGACCACCGCUCCAAGGAAGAGCAGCAUCGCGACUGUGUCAUUUUGGCAGCUGCAGUGUGCCCUAAAGAAUUUAAGGGGUGUUCCUCGGAUCUUUCUGAUGACAUGAUGCAUCUGGGUCUAUAUAGUAACCGAGCCGCGCUUCAUCAUCUCAUGGAAGAGGAGGGCAAGGCUCACCUGGAAAGUGGUCACCCAGAACUUCAGCAUCAGAUCAUGGUAUGGAAAGGAGAUCUGAAGGGGACAUUACAGCUGGCAGCAGAGAGGGGAGAGCUGACAGAUCAGCUGGUGGCCAUGGCACCCAUGGCGGGAUACAAAAUCUGGCAGUGGGCUGUUGAAGCGUAUGUGAAACAGCUUUGUUUCCAGGAACAAUAUGUAAAGGCGGCUUCUCACUUGCUGACCAUUAACAAAGUUUAUGAAUCUGUGCAACUGCUGAAAGGAAACCAUCUCUUCAGGGAAGCUAUCGCUGUAGCUAAAGCAAGACUGUUACCUGAUGAUCCUGUGCUCAAGGAUUUGUACACCAGCUGGGCAGCAGUACUGGAGCAAGAUGGCCACUACUGCAUGGCAGCAAAAUGUCAUUUAGGGGCAAGUUCACCGUAUGAUGCAGCAAAAGUUCUUGCCAAGAAAGGGGACAUAUUGUCUCUGAGCACUGCAGCCGAACUCUCCUUCAUCGCAGGAGAAAAGGAUCUCGCUGCGUCAUUUGCACUACGCUGUGCACAGGAACAGCUCACUGUAAAGAACUGGGUGGGGGCCCAACAAUCACUUAAACAGCACCACAGCUUACUGGGCCAGAGGCUGGUUUUCUGCACUAGUGAGUUGUUGCACACACAUCUGGAGACAAAAAUAGCAGUAGACUGGAAAACACAGAGUACCCCGUGUUAUCAUGUCUGGGCAGAGAGAAGCAGUGGAGAAUCCUUUAUGGCCAAACUUAAAGAGCUGUGGCUGAGUGAGUUUGCAGUGGACUCAGUAGAGUGUUACUCUGAAGUUUAUCAGCAAUUGUCUACAUGUGAGAUCCCUUCAACAACUGCAAACACCAACCCCAAGCAGUUGCUGUUACAGCUCUCUCAUGAAGUAACAUUAUCUUCUCUGAGUUGCCUGUCAAUGAAAUGGGACGAUGCCGCUCCAUCAUUCCUCCAAACACUUUCCCGCUGUCAUCAGGCUGGACACUUCACCCUAAUGCAAGAUGUUUCCAAGCUGCUGCUUCCAAAUGGCUGUGAUGAAUUGCGUGAGCAUCUCACCCCAGAAAAUAAACAAAGCAUCGCUGCAUGUGAAAGCCUGCAGGCAUUCCUUGCCUACAUAAAACUGUAUGAGAUGUGGUGGGACCAGAAUGGAAGGUCCCCAGUGCAAGCAAAUGCAGACACAGAGCAAGAAAUGGACACGUCACAGGAUGAAGUUGAGAACAUGCAGGAAACGACGCAACCUGAGACCACAGGGUGGUUGAAUGACUGCAAGGUGCUCUUGUCGGAAGUGCAUGCGGCCUUUCAGAGUGCGCAAAGAGAGAUCGCUGAGGUUCAGAGAGCGCUGAGAGAGAUGAUACAGCAGCAUCAGAAGAACAGGCACACUGAUGAAAACUCCUUUGAAUUAGACCAAGAACUAGAGGAAUCUACAUCACCUCCUCAGGAAAAAGCCAACAGUCCAAGCCCAGUUGAUACUACUGCACCUGCUCCACUUUCUCUGACUGAGCUUGUGAAGAAGUUAUCAACUGCAAACCAUAAACUUGCAGAAUUCCCUGAAUAUUUUAAGGUGUUGCCAUUUCCUGAGGUUUUAGAGAGUUGUUUGGUGCUACUUCAUCUCCCCACUCCUCAGCUCUCCGCUGAGAUACGGAUACAAGCCCUGACACUGCUGCAGACUCAUAGUGCUGGAUCACCUGACCACCAAAAAGCAGCUAGGAAGUUCCUCUCUCCAGCUGUAUGACUUGCCUACAGCCAUCCUUAAAAACCACAUGCAUUACUGCUUCCAGCUCUGCAAUAACAACGUCUUUGAUACAGAUGCCUAUCAGCUGCCUUUGCUUCCACUGGAAGCUGCAAUUCACCAUAGAGCUUAAACACCUGUUCAUACUUGAGCACAUCCCAUAUAUGAUAUAAAAACGCUGGGUUUCCUCUUUUUUUUUUUUCUUUUCUUUUUUACAAUUGUUCUUUGUUUAAAAACAAACUCCUAGAAUGUUUUAUUACAGCCAAAUAAAAUAUGACCCCCUCCGAUGUCCACUAUAUAGCAAUUCAUGCAUGGGCAUUAUUCUGCAAAGCAGAACAAUUAUUAUUUAAUUUAUAAUACAGCAUAGUCCAAGAAUAUCUCUUCUUUAUCAAGUCAUAAUUCUGUUCUGAACAGAAAAAAAUGCAAGUUUGUGUAAAAUGCUUAGCCAGAAUUCACCAUGAUGCUGCUGUGUUUUAAAAUUGAUAAGGAAAGGGCAAAUCAGUUUUAAAUACAAACUGAAUGGUAAGUGAGUGCAUUAUUGGUUGACAAUAAAAGUCCUCAGGACAAUUUGAGGGCAGUUACAAGAAAGUAUUGUAUAGCUUAAGGGUACCAAAUAUCUACCAUUGGUUUGUUUUUGUUCUUAACCCACCCACAAUUGAUAUUGGAAAAUGGAUUAUUCAGAUGUAUAACAUUGACCUAGGUAUUGGCAUUAUGGAAAGGCAGACCCUUAAUAGCAGUAUGAUGCCUGUGAGUGCAAGGGAGUAAGUCUGCCUUCAAAAUUCACAGGUCACAAUAUAUCAUUGAUAACUAAACUAGUUGCAAGGUCAAAUGACAAAUCUCUUUGAGAGUAACCAAUGAGUUGCAAAAGAUUUAAAUGUAACAUGUUAUUAAUAGGACAUAAAAAUCAAUGCUUUGUUCAGAGGCUGCUUAGCUGCUGAUUGGUUGUUACUCUUGUGUGCAGGCUUGAUUAACAUACAAGCCAGGGAAUAUUAUGUAUGCAGCAACUGACACCUGACUUGGAUUUGAGGUCUGCACUAAACUCAUGCUCAAUCUGUCAGUCUUAGAUUUAAAAUAGGCUAGAGAAUCACUUUCUAACGUGCUUUAUACUGUAAAGUGUAUUCAAACAGCAUGCUGGACCUUUACAGCUUCAGUGUACUGCGAUUUUUAUGUCCCUUUAAGAACAUACUGUGCAAUUAAUACCUGGACUAGUAUGUCCCAAGAAAAGCACUUUGUUGCACAGUUGUAUAUACUGUAAGGUAUAUCUGUAAAAUGCAGUAAUUUAAUUUUGUUAUGAACAUUUUUGUAUAUACAAGUGACCUAAAUGCAUUUUCUUUAUUGCUUUCUUAUAAACUGUAAGACACUGUAGAUUUAAUUGUAGAAAAGAAUAAGUGGAGAAUUUGUACAGCCUGAAUUAAGAGCUGCUUUACAGCCAUUCCAUACAAUUCAUAUAUUUAAAAAAACAUAAAGUUCAAGUUAAGAAUGGCACUGUGAAUGUUCCACUAAUUUUUGAUUUUCAAAAUAAAUACAUGAAAAUA